AUGGCGGACAUGGAGAAAAACCCGGCUCAGAUCACCAUCCCUCCGGUUGAACCAGAGGCGCCCAAGGAAGGCAAGCUUCUACAGUUUCUCAAGGGCACGAAUAUCAAUGACCCCAACAUACUGGGGCGAGAGCUAUUGGAGAAGGCUCUUGAGUUCGAUGAGGAUCAACUCGAGCGAGAUUCGAUCAAGGUCCGGCGCAAGCUGGAUUUCAUGGUUGUCCCAAUGAUGAUGACAACCUACAUGUUGAGUUUCUUGGACAAACAAACACUCAACUACUCCAAUGCGUACGGUCUUCAAGAGGAUACACAUAUGUCAGGAGAUGACUAUUCAUGGGUUGCAUCGGCACUCUACUUUGGCUGGCUCACCGGCGCAUAUCCCUGGAACGUGGUCCUUCAGCGUUACCCGAUCGGCAAAAUCAUCGGCUACAUGCUGUUCGUCUGGGGCGCGGUAUGUAUGCUGCAAGCGGCCGUGUUCAACUUUGCCGGCUUCUUCGCCAUCCGCUUCUUCCUGGGAAUGCUGGAGGGGUGUAUUUCACCGGCCUUUGUCAUCCUGACCUCGAUGUUGUGGACAAGACAAGAGCAGGCCUUGCGCACUUCGUUCUGGCUGUCGACAAACGGCGUCUCUUCCAUCCUCGGAGCCCUGUUGGCUUACGGGUCUGGCCAUGCCGGCCACCUGGCCGUUGCCAAUUGGAAACUCAUCUACUUGAUUGUCGGCGCCAUGACUUUCGCAUGGGGGUUUGUCAUUUUGCUCUACCUCCCAGACGGCCCACACAACGCGAAGAUGUUGACGGAGUACGAACGCAUGGUUGCCGUGUGGCGAGUCUCCAAGAACCAGAUGGGCAUCAAGCAUCACAAGAUGAUGACUAGUCAGAUCAAAGAGGCCAUGGUCGACCCCAAAACCUAUCUGAUGUUCCUGAUGGGAGCGUGCACCGGCAUCUUGAACGGCGGUGUGGCCAAUUUCGCCUCGGCCUUGAUCAAAGGAUUCGGCUUCGAUCCGCUCCGCACCAGCUUGCUCCAAACCCCCGGCGGUGCUUUUGAGAUCAUCGGCUGUAUCGGCUUCGGCUUCAUCGCCACCAGGAAGAACCUGUUGGGUCUCACUAUCAUCGUUGCCUCUUUGCCCGGUAUCGCCGGCUUGAUCGGUCUCCUGACCAUCGACAUCAAACAUCGCUACGCACUAGUCGCUUGCUGCUGGCUCCAGAAUGUGCUGGGCUCGCCUAUCGUUCUGGGCUGGACCAUCCCAGGCGUCAAUGUAGCCGGACACACCAAGCGGAGUACUGUGAUCGGCAUCUUUUUUGCGUUCUACUGUGCCGGCAACAUUGCAGGUCCUCAUCUGUUCCUGGCCACAGAGGUCCCGCGCUACUUCACCGCCAUCAAGGGCCUACUGGGCACCUACUGUGCCCUGAUCUUCUUCCAGGUCAUCUAUACGACGUGGUGUGUCCUCGAGAACAGACGUCGCGACAAGAGAGGACUGCACGCCCGGCGACAAGAGGAAGAGCUGUUGGAGGGAUUCGAUGAUCUGACGGAUAAGCAGAAUGUGCAUUUCAGAUAUACUAUUUGA